CUUCGAUUAGCGGGGAACCCCUCAUUCAACUACCCCGACCUUGGAUGGCAGACAUCAAGGUCGAGCCCUGGUAAGCCAUAGCAUACAUAAAUCAAGCCUCUUAGUUAACUGGGAACCUCUGCAUUUAACAAGGAGCAAUUCGUUGCUCUAUCAACCGGAUACUGUUCGUUCAAUCCCAUUACACGCGCCCUACAUACACCAGCUAUGGGUUUCUCUGAGGGACGAGGUAUCCGGAUUGCUAUUGAUCGCGGUGGCACCUUCACCGAUUGUAUAGGAAACUCAGGAAGCGGAAAGCUCGAAGACGACGUAGUUAUCAAGUUACUCUCCGAAGACCCUUCCAAUUACGAGGAUGCUCCACUAGAAGGGAUCCGGCGUUUGUUAUCCAAAUUCACAGGCCGUGAAAUACCUCGUGGGGAGCCGCUGGACACGUCUCUCAUUGAAAGCAUUCGCAUGGGAACGACGGUCGCUACUAAUGCCCUGCUUGAACGGAAGGGCGAGAGAAUCGCCCUUGUGGUUACUAAAGGAUUCAAAGAUUGUCUUAUAAUCGGAAAUCAAUCUCGUCCAAAGAUCUUUGACCUGGCUAUCAAGCGACCUGACGUCCUCUAUGACAGAGUGAUCGAGAUCGACGAGAGAGUGACAUUGGAGGACUAUGCGGAAGACCCAACUCGACAUACGACGAAAACAGCGCCGCGAGAAGAAACAUCCGCGGAUGCAGAUCUCGUUCGCGGCCUGUCCUCGGAAGCUGUGCGCAUCCUACAAAGGCCCUCUGAGGACAAGAUAAGGUCUCAGUUACAGGCCCUCUACGAUGAUGGAAUCCGCAGCAUUGCUGUUUGCUUGAUGCACAGCUAUACCUUUCCCGACCAUGAGGCAAUCAUAGGACGACUAGCAGCUGAGAUCGGCUUUCAGCAUGUCAGUCUCAGCCAUGAGCUGAUGCCUAUGAUCAAACUUGUGCCUCGAGCAACCUCGGCCUGUGCAGAUGCCUACCUUACUCCUGCUAUCAAGAAAUAUAUCGCCAGCUUUCAGGUCGGCUUCAAAGGUGGCUUGGGCACAGAGAGUGUCAAAAAUGAGGGUGACAACAGAGCAGCUCGAUGCGAAUUUAUGCAGUCUGACGGUGGCCUCGUCGACGUUGAUCGAUUCUCUGGUCUACGAGCGAUCCUAUCAGGUCCCGCUGGCGGCGUCGUUGGGUAUGCAUUGACUUCCUAUGAUCCGGAGACAAAGGUCCCAGUCAUUGGUUUCGACAUGGGAGGCACCAGUACUGAUGUUAGUCGCUAUGGCUCGGGUCGCUAUGAGCAUGUUUUCGAGACGACUACGGCAGGAGUGACCAUCCAAUCUCCUCAGCUCGAUAUAAAUACUGUCGCCGCAGGAGGAGGCUCUAGACUGUUCUUCCGCAAUGGCCUCUUUGUUGUCGGCCCUGAGUCCGCUGGUGCUCAUCCCGGUCCAGCCUGUUACCGUAAAGGGGGCCCACUGACGGUGACUGAUGCCAAUCUCUUUCUGGGCAGGCUACUUCCUGACUUUUUCCCAAAGAUAUUUGGGCCAAAGGAGAAUGAAGAACUAGAUAUACAAGCCAGCAGAAAGCUCUUUGAAGAUCUCACGAAAGUGGUCAAUGACGAGGUGGCGAAGGGAGAUAAGGCGAAGGAGAUGACUCCUGAUGAAGUGGCAUAUGGGUUUAUCAAGAUCGCAAACGAGACGAUGACAAGACCUAUACGUUCUCUCACUGAAGCAAAAGGCCAUGAUACUUCUAAACAUAGACUUGCGACCUUCGGUGGAGCAGGUGGUCAGCAUGCUGUUGCGAUUGCAGAGAGUUUGGGCAUUCGACAAAUACUGCUGCACAAAUACUCAUCCGUUCUCUCAGCCUAUGGUAUGGCGUUGGCAGACGUCGUUGAUGAAAGUCAGGAGCCGGAAUCAAAAGUAUGGUCUGAUGAAGGCAAUGUCAGGGAAGAGCUAAAAGAGAAGAUGGAGGAAUUGAAGAAAAAAUCCUCAAUCAAGCUACGGGAACAAGGUUUUGAAGACGACUCCAUUGUAUUCGAAGAGUAUCUCAACAUGCGAUACCGUGGGACAGAGUCUGCAUUGAUGAUUGCUAAACCGACCCCGGAGGAAGCAAAGGAUUCCUACGGUGGGGACCAGUGGGCGUUUGGCAAAGCAUUUGUUGAACAGCAUGAGCAAGAAUUCGGUUUCACGCUUCCUGACCGAGACAUUAUUGUUGACGAUGUUCGGGUUAGGGGCAUUGGGAAGAGUUUCCAGGCUCUGGGGAAAACAGUUGACCAGCAAUUGAAAGAUGCGAAGCCAAAAGAUGUAAGCAGCGACAAAAAAUAUGAUGUGCGCGAAGUGUACUUUGAAGGUGGACGUCAGCACACGCCUAUUUACCGACUACAGGAUUUGGUGGUCAAUGAUCAUGUCAAAGGACCAGCAAUCUUGGCCGAUGACACUCAAACAUUGGUUGUGCCUCCAGGCGCUGCGGCACUCAUCAUUGAGACCCAUGUUGUUAUCAAUAUUGGUGAAUCCGCGAUUCAAGAGACGAAACCGAGUGCCGAUAGCGUCGACCCCAUUAUGCUCAGCAUUUUUGCGCAUCGGUUCAUGGCCAUUGCAGAACAGAUGGGACGGGCCCUGCAAAAGACGAGUGUCAGCACGAAUGUAAAGGAGAGACUGGAUUAUUCAUGUGCGCUCUUUGAUGCGCAGGGUGGACUCGUUGCCAAUGCUCCCCAUCUUCCUGUCCACUUGGGCAGCAUGUCAACUUGCGUCUCAAUGCAGGCCCGUAUAUGGGAAGGAAAACUUAAACCUGGAGACGUGAUAGUGUCCAAUCAUCCCGAAUUUGGCGGAACUCAUCUUCCAGAUAUAACCGUCAUAACUCCGGCAUUCAGCGGGAAAGAUAUCAUCUUCUAUGUGGCGUCGCGUGCUCAUCAUGCUGACAUCGGUGGUAUCCUACCAGGCUCUAUGCCACCUCAUUCUAAGGAGCUCUUCCAGGAGGGUGCUGCAAUCCAAUCCGAAAAGCUUGUCUCGGAGGGCCAGUUCAACGAAAAACGAAUCACAGAGUUGCUUUACGACGAACCUGCCCAGUAUCCCGAAUGCAGUGGCACGAGGAGCCUGGCUGACAACCUGAACGACCUCAAAGCUCAGAUUGCUGCCAAUCAAAAGGGAAUUAGUCUCAUAUCGGCCUUAAUUGGAGACUAUGGCGAAGAUGUAGUUCAAUUCUACAUGCGAAAGAUCCAGGAAAAUGCAGAGUUAAGUGUCAGGAACCUCUUGAGAGAAGUCAGCGCCAAGUUCGCCAAUCGAGAUCUCAGUGCCAUCGAUUAUAUGGAUGACGGUACUCCAAUCCAACUGAGAAUUUCAAUCAAUGUAGAAAAGGGUGAAGCUAUCUUCGACUUUGAGGGCACAGGGCCGGAAGUUUACGGGAAUAUCAAUGCUCCAGAAGCUGUUACUUAUUCUGCGAUCAUCUACUGUCUAAGGUGUCUAAUAUCGGAAGAUAUCCCCCUGAACCAGGGAUGUUUAAAGCCAAUCGAGGUCCGAAUACCGAAAGAUUCAAUCCUUUCGCCUUCGGCCAGAGCUGCCGUAGUAGGUGGAAAUGUUCUGACAAGUCAACGGAUAACCGAUGUUAUUCUUAAAUGCUUCAAGGCCUGUGCAGCUUCACAGGGAGACACUAACAACCUAACCUUUGGCUUCGGCGGGAAUAUCUCUGGCGAAGCUGAAACCAGGGGCUUUGGCUAUUACGAGACGAUAGCCGGAGGAAGCGGUGCCGGUCCGGAUUGGGAGGGAACAUCGGGCGUCCACACCCAUAUGACGAACACUCGCAUUACUGAUGCAGAGAUUUUCGAGAGGAGAUAUCCCGUGCUACUCCGGGAGUUCAGCAUCCGACACGGCUCCGCGGGUGAUGGCCAGCACCGUGGUGGUGAUGGUGUCGUACGUGAUAUCGAAUUCCGCAUCCCUGUCCAGGUUUCCAUACUCUCGGAACGGAGAGUGUACAGACCCUAUGGUCUCGAAGGGGGCGAAGAUGCUCAGCGCGGAGAAAAUAUCUGGGUGCGUAGAAUACCGAAACGAGAUGGCACUGAAGACGAGUGGGAAGAACGCCAUAUCAACUUGGGCGCGAAGAACACAGCGAAAAUGCAGCCUGGAGAACGCAUCAUAGUGAGAACUCCUGGUGGCGGUGGAUGGGGUAUAUCUGGUACCAAGAAGAAAGCCCGUGAUGAACAAGACGCUCGCCACGCCUGGAGAGGCGGGUCGCUAGCUAAUCGAGUAUCGAUGCAAGAGACGAGCGUGUGAAUUUGGAGCUUAGCAGACGAGCAACAUGCCCCAGGUACAUAAGUGGCUUCCCACAUAUAUACCGCUUCAUGACCUAGUUAUGCCCAGACAUAGUGGAUAACGAAGUAAUGCCAGAU